AAAAUCCGGAGAACACGAAGACGUCCACCGUUCCAUCCUCGUCGUCCUCUUCCGAAUCCCCCAAACGCAGCAAUCCGUUCCGAUAGUCCUACCACCGUCCGGCCGCCACGCCGACGGCCUACACCGCGCAGCAAACCCUACCCGUAGAAUCGCGCGCCGCACCGAUACAGCACCGAUCGUCCGAAUCCGGUCGGAUUCUCCGCCGCCGGGCGUUGAUUAGGGAUUAAGCGCCGCGAAUUGCGGCUCCAGCGCCCGCCCGACGAUGCUUGGCUGCAGCGCGUAGCUAGUAGAGGGGGAGAGCAGGCAGUACCAUGUUGCAGUGUCUCGAGGGGGUGAAGCACCUCUUCGGCGCGCUCCUCAAGUGCUGCGACAUCGACCUCAAGCAGCCCAAGGGCCUCGAGGAUCCAGAGGUCCUUGCCAGGGAGACCGUCUUUAGCGUGAGCGAGGUCGAGGCCUUGUUUGAGCUGUUCAAGAAGAUCAGCAGUGCCGUGAUUGAUGAUGGCCUGAUCAACAAGGAGGAGUUUCAGUUGGCGUUGUUCAAGACUAGUAAGAAGGAGAGUUUAUUUGCUGAUCGUGUAUUUGAUUUAUUUGACACAAAACACAAUGGAAUUCUAGGAUUUGAGGAAUUUGCCCGCGCGCUCUCAGUAUUUCAUCCCAAUGCUCCUCUUGAUGAGAAGAUUGACUUUUCAUUCCAGCUAUAUGACCUCAAGCAACAAGGUUUCAUUGAAAGACAAGAGGUUAAGCAAAUGGUUGUUGCUACACUUGCUGAGUCAGGAAUGAAUCUUUCAGAUGAAGUCAUUGAGAGCAUCAUUGAUAAGACUUUCGAGGAGGCGGACACAAAACAUGAUGGGAAAAUUGACAAAGAAGAAUGGCGCAAUCUAGUACUGAGACAUCCCUCAUUAUUAAAGAACAUGACUCUUCAGUACCUCAAGGACAUCACCACAACAUUUCCAAGCUUUGUCUUCCAUUCUCAGGUUGACGAUACCUGAAGUUCUGACAACUUUUUUGCUCCAAUGAAAUAUCAGAAGGUAGUCUCAGUAUUUUGUUGAACAAGCUUUUGAAUGUUGGUUUGAUGGUUCAGCAGAGGCUAUAGGGUUCUGAAGUUGCACAGUGGGUUUUUGAGAAAUCAAGCCGUUGUUUAUUGUUAAUAACCCUUUUCUUUUCUUGUUUUUAUUUGGAAUUCUGGCUGAAAAUUUCUGGCGUGUUCAUGUAAAUUUGAAGUUUGUUUUCCCCCAUGGCUUUUCUAUUUAUAUUUUGGUUUGGCCAGUAGUUAUCGAAUCAAUUGACGUUUCUUGGUGUACAAAAUUGCAGCUGAUGCUGCCCGUAAGUGGAUUGUAUUUUUGGUGGGAAAGUAUUAGUGUACAUAUUUAAGCUUAAUGACUGCAGCAGAAAUGCUCGAUUCAAACAA